AUGAAAUUUAUAUCUCAAUACAUACUUCUUGGUAUUGUUAUAAUUCAACAAGUAAGGAGUGAGAAACAUGUGUUUACCUCUUCAUUACUGGCAUGCAUGGAAAAUUCACAGUUAUCAUCGACUUUAUUUAAUGUGACAUAUUUUCCUGACACACGUUCGCUAUACUACGAUAUCGAUAUUUCAACUCAAUUAAGUGGAGAAAUCAUUGCGGAGCUUGAAGUAUUUGCAUAUGGACAUAAAGUUGCUUCAAAACAGAUCUCUCUUUGCAAUUUUAAGUUGAAACAAUUUUGCCCAAUUUACCCAGGAAAUAUUCGAAUUAGUUCGGUCCAAGAACUUCCAGAAGAGUAUACUGAAGAAAUUCCAAGUAUUGCAUUCGAAGUGCCAGACAUCGAUGCAUAUUUAAUUGCCAAAUUUUAUAGAAAUGACACUGAUUUCAACAACGGUUCAAAGCAAGAACUAGCUUGCAUUCAAGCUUUCUUCUCUAAUGGAAUUACUGUUUCCCAUGUUGCUGUCCAAUGGUGUUCUGCAAUUUUCUGUGGACUGGGAAUAAUGAUAUCCAUGGUAUUUGUUGCAUAUAGCAAAUUAAUUUUCUUUGAACGUAUAUCUAAUGUCGCUUUAUAUUUGUUACUGUAUUUUCAGUCGGUGGUUGUUAUUUCGAUGACACACGUUCAUAGAGUUCCUCCGAUAGUACAGGCUUGGGUAAAGAACUUCACUUGGUCAGUUGGAUUAAUCAAUGUUAACUUCCUUCAAGAUAUAUUUCGGUGGUAUGUGGAAUCUACAGGAGGUAACCCACCGUUGCACAUAUCUUCUACGACGACAUCGAUUUUAACUCAAAAGAGACUAUUGAAGGAGCCUGACUUAAUUAAAAGGUCAGCAAAUACAUUAUAUGGUAACACCAAUACAUUAAUAGUUAAAGGAAUUGAAAGAGUAGCAUAUAAUGUGGGAAUAGAGAAUACCUCGAUAGUUUGCACCGUCUUUACAAAUAUCUUAAUUUUUGGCGUGUUUAUAGUCAUCAUUUCAGCGGUCGUUCUGAUAGUAUGUUAUACUAUAAACAAAAGAUCUAAACCAACCAACAGAGAUAUAUCUUUUAAAUAUUGUAAGCAAAUUCUGAAAGAAGUAAUAUCCAAAUAUUUCAUGCUAUGUUUCCAGCAAUUGAUGAUAUUUGGUUUUUGGGAGUGGACAAAACAAGAUUCCCCAGCAGUAGUACUGCUGUCUGUCAUAUUUGUGUUGUCAUCUCUUGCGAUAAUAGCGUCUCUGAGUAUAAGAAUAAUACUUGCAUCUAUAAAAUCUAAGCAAAAAUACUCAAAUGCUAAAGUUUUGAUGUAUGGUGAUGAGGAUAUAUUUAACAGAUAUGGUUAUUUUUAUACAAUGUUUAAGUUCGAGACGUUUUGGUGGAGUUACAUAAUUAUUUUGCAGACGCUACUAAAAGCAAUAUUUAUUGGGUUCUUGCAGGUGUCAGGAAAGGCAGAAUCAAUAUCAAUAUUUAUGAUAGACGCCAUUUAUGUCAUUCUUUUAUUAAUAUACAAGCCAUACCUGGAUGCCUUUACUAAUGUUCUGACCAUUGUCGUAUCCGUAGUGGUACUAUUGAACUCAUUCAUGUUCGUGCUAUUUUCUGAUUUAUUUGGUCAGUCAUAUUCGGUAAGUGCUGUAUUGGGAGUCUUAUUCUUUAUAGUCAACGGUUUAUUUUCGAUUGUCCUGUUCAUUGCUACUAUUGUUUACAUUAUUCUUUGCUUGUUGGGAGAGAGAUACCAAAGGAAGAGAAAACAUUUAGAAUCACUGGAUGUGGUAGAAGAUAAGAAUAAAAAAAGAAUUGACAAUGAAGUUAUUGUGCAGACUAAUGAAUACACCCGAAGUACCAGUGAUGAUUUCGAGGAGCCUCCACACAUUGCUAACCAACCCAACGCUAACUGCUCCUCUAUUUCAAUCAAUGGUCUUGAUAGCGAUAAUUGGGUUGAAAGCUUAGUUAGCUUGCAAUUUGGUAACAGAGAAAAUUUAAGUGUAGACGUGCCUGAUGUGUCAUUGUAUGGCAAUGAUGACAAUUUCAACUUGAAUAAUGAAAUUUCUAGCCAUUAUAUAUAA